AAGGAGAUUUAUCAGCAAAAAUGAAAAUUUUCGAUCCGACAACGGAUCGAUUCCCGAAGUCAUAAGAGGAAGAAUAAGCACACACGCCUGCGCCACGUCCUCCGCGUACUCUUUUACCGCAAGUAAAGCGUUAGAAACUAAAUAUGUAGUUCAAUUUUUUCUUCAUCAGAUUUUCCAUACGAUAUCGUAAAGGUGAUUGCGUAAACAGGGUUGCACAGAAGAUUCUGGCAAAAAUGCGCAACAAUGAAGGGUCAGUGCUGUAUCUGUUAUUGGUAUUAAUCUUAUGCGCAGAAGUAUGUAUGACGAGCGCCAGACACCUGAUUAAAAAGAGGAAUUACAGCGAUCAGAGUGUGAGAGGUUAUUUGGCGGAGCGGACAUGUUGGUGGAAUGAAGUAUGCAAAGAGGAGUUUCACAGUAAAUUCCGAUGCCGAUGUCCAAGAUGGUCUUACUGUCGUGCACCUGGCAGAUAUUACGACGCUCAUUGCAGCAUGACACGUACAGGCUAUAUAUGGACUCAACCGGAGACGCUCGAAGUUAACAAAUAAAUAUCCAGUUGAUCGCUAAUUAUCGCCAAUCAAAAGCUGAUAAUAUCAAAUUUACCUAAAUUCACUUUAUAGUCAGAUUAGGUAACUAAUUAAUAUCUAGCUCUAUUGAGAGUUUCUGUCAAAUAAUCAUUGCGUAUUAAAUACGCUUCAAGUAUGUAAA